UACCUUGAAUGAUUUGACUUAGCCUGAGAGACUCAGAGAGAGAGAGAGAGAAGGAGAGGGAGAGAUUGGGGUCCAAUCUGUGGAAAGGUAAAGAUGACAUCGUUCUGUUUAGCCAUGGCUGAAAUCUGAGUACACGUUGUUCUUUCACGAAGCAGGUGAAAAUAACAAAAGAAGACGAACAAGAAGAAGAAAGGAAGAAAACCAAAAUUUUCCGUUGCGAAGGUGUCGAUAAGCUUUCUACGUUGCGGGUUAAUGGUGGCAAUUCGAGGCAAUCGUGAAUUGGUACUUCUGCGGGAUCUGCAGAGGGAAUAAAUUGGAUUUUUGGGAGGCAAAGAGAAGAUUGGGAUAGGGCUUUUCAGGAAGAGAGAAGGGGAAGGGCAUGGGUGGUUCGAAAAUGGAAGGGCCCUCUGCCCCGGCUGUUCGUCGAGAUCCAUAUGAGGUUUUGUGCGUUUCUAGAGAUUCAACUGACCAAGAGAUUAAAACUGCUUACAGAAAGCUUGCUCUCAAGUACCAUCCAGACAAAAAUGCUAGUAAUCCUGAAGCUUCUGAACUGUUCAAGGAGGUUGCAUAUUCUUAUAGCAUUUUAUCUGAUCCAGAGAAAAGAAGACAAUAUGAUAGUUCUGGGUUUGAGGCUCUAGAGGGUGAAGGCAUGGAUAUGGAAAUUGAUCUCUCUAACCUUGGAACAGUUAACACAAUGUUUGCAGCAUUAUUCAGCAAGCUAGGCGUCCCUAUCAAGACUACUAUUUCUGCUAAUGUUCUAGAAGAAGCUUUGAAUGGAACUGUCACAGUCAGACCUCUCCCAAUUGGAACAUCUGUUAGUGGAAAGGUAGAGAAGCAAUGCGCUCAUUUCUUUGGUGUAACUAUUAAUGAGGAACAAGCUGAGGCAGGAAUUGUAGUUAGAGUUACUUCAGCUGCACAAAGCAAAUUUAAGCUACUGUAUUUCGAACAAGAUGUCAAUGGUGGAUAUGGUUUGGCUUUACAGGAAGAUAGUGAGAAGACUGGGAAAGUGACAUCUGCAGGAAUGUAUUUCUUACAUUUUCAAGUGUACAGAAUGGAUUCGACUCUGAAUGCAUUGGCUAUGGCUAAGGACCCUGAAGCUGCUUUCUUCAAAAGGUUGGAAGGCCUUCAACCUUGUGAAGUCUCAGAACUAAAAGCUGGCACUCACAUAUUUGCUGUUUAUGGCGACAACUUCUUCAAAACUGCUAGCUAUUCCAUUGAGGCUCUAUGUGCAAAGUCAUAUGAAGACACUACACAUAAGCUCAAGGAUAUUGAGGCUCAGAUUUUAAGGAAAAGAAAUGAGCUUCGCCAAUUUGAGACCGAAUACAGAAAGGCAUUGGCACGCUUUCAGGAAGUGACAAAUAGAUACAGCCAGGAAAAGCAGUCAGUUGACGAGCUGCUUAAACAGCGCGACACCAUCCACUCUUCCUUCACCACCGUGGCUAGAUCAAUCAUCCUCGGUGGUGUUAGCAACGGCAGUAGUAGUAAAGUCCCUAGCGAAGAUUUUAAGGGCGAGAGCCCAGGGGAAGAUGGAAAUUCCGAUGGAAAGGACAAAUCAUCCAAGAAGAAAUGGUUCAAUCUCAACCUGAAAGGAUCUGAUAAGAAAUUGGGUUGAUGGGGAGGGAAUGUUUGGAUAGUCUUCUUUUCUUCUUUAAAGAUUUGGAAUUGCUUUGCAUGCUUGAUGCUGCCUGCUCUUGUAUACCCCCUAUUGGAUAUCUUCCCUGUGGAUACCUCCCAAGUGGAUUCUUUACAGUUUGUCCUGCUCUGUAUCUGCAAACACUCUCAUCUUUGUAUCUGUAUCAGAAUCAGCCUCAUAUUUUCUUAUUUUUUCAAGGAAGUGAAUAGCUUGAACAGAAGUUGUGAUGUGAUUUACUUACUCUUCCAAGUUUUCACGGUA